AGAGAAAAGUGGGCGCAGAGUUGGAUGUCCUAGAUGAAUUAAAGUUGGUGCAUGUGGGUGAAACAUUCGUGAUAAAAAAAAAUUACCAUCUGUCAAAAAAAAGUACCAGUGCUGACUUUGGACACCUGGGAAUUCAAGAAGUAUGAAACUACAGGCUAUAAUUUUCCUUGUGCUGCAGCUCGUGUUUGAGCUCUCCACAUGCAGAAGCCUCCGGGUGAUCUCUGGGUCCUCUCUGGAGAUUCCCUGUCUCUCGUUUCAAACGGACAUCAUGGCAGCGGACAUUACCUGGAGCUUCAAUGGUGAAGUUAUUAAUCCUGACGAUAAGUCAUCCAGCUCUGUGAGGGUCAUAAAGGGAGGCCUGUACCUCUCGAUCUCCCCUGUCACUCCUGCCAACGAGGGCAGCUACGUGUGUUUGGUCACGGACGACAACACUGAGAUGAUCGGCACACACAACAUCACAGUCGACGCAUCCUACUUCAUAACCAUAAAGGCAACUGAAGGAUCCACCUUCGCCAUCCCGUGUCAUUUCCCACCCUCCGUCGAAGUGACGGCCAACGCUCUGUGGUUCAGAGAGACGAUCGGUGGUGAGAGAACCAAGUUGAAUCUUCAGGACGACGCCGAGGGUGAAAAUAAGAAACUGGAACAGCUUUACCCACUGGACCAGGAUCAGUCCAUCCUGCUCAGACACGUGGCCCACGAGGACGCAGGGCUGUACCAUUGUGAGUCUGCUGAAGGGGCCAAGCUCACCACAGUUUACGUCAUUGUUAAAGACGCCCCCAGCCUUCCCUCUCACUCAUGUGCGGGCUUCACCGCGCCUUGGGAAGAGUGUCGGAAUGAAAACAGUCACACGGAGGCCAACAUUUUACAGGAGUCCACCACCGAGUUUGCUCUGAAACUCUAUUCUUUCCUAAGACACAUGUAUCCCUCAAGCAACCUGCUCUUUUCCCCCAUCAGCAUCAGUGGUCUGCUGUCACAUUUGCUCCUAGGAGCGAGGAACGUCACUCGCAGGGCCCUGGAGGGAGCCGUCUUUGUGCCUCACGACUUCCACUGCCUUCACUUCCAGAUGAAGAAGCUGAGAGAGAAGUUGUCCGGCUCCUUGCAGAUGGCCUCUCAGAUCUACUAUAACCCACAAAUGAACCUGAGCGAGUCCUUUACAAACCAGUCUAUUCAAUUCUACGACUCGGAGCCCACCAAGCUGCUGGCGUCCGGCGAGGAGAGUGCACGGAUGAUCAACACCUGGGUGGCGAGUAAAACCAACAAUAAAAUCACACAGCUGGUUGAGUCCGUAUCGCCCGACGCGCAGCUGAUCCUGCUCAAUGCCGUCUCCUUCAGCGGUCAGUGGAAGGGGAAGUUUGAUCCGAAGCCAAGGAAAGCACAUUUCACCAAGCUGAACGGGGAUCUGGUGAAAGUCCCUAUCCUCUAUCACGAGACGUUCACAGCGACCAUGAUGCACUCUGUCGAUCUGAAGGCACAGGUGGCGAGGUUCGCUCUGACCGGCAACAGCAGUCUGUACGUCCUGCUGCCUCGCACCGGCAAAGCGGCUGACCUGCAGCAGGUGGAGGAGAAGAUGACGGACACAGCUGUGCGUGAAAUGAUCGAACAGAUGAAGGCGACGGCGCCUCAGCAGAUGGAGGUCACCCUGCCCCAGAUCACGCUCGAUGUUACCCCAGACAUGAACAUACUCAUUAAGAAAUUAGGACUGUCGUCACUUUUCGAGGGUGCCAACCUGUGUGGGCUGUACGCCGAGGAGAAGCUGGUGCUGGACGAGGCCAGACACAGGGCUUUCCUCGCUCUGACUGAGCGCGGGGUCGAGGCCGGCGCUGUCACCUCUCUGUCGUUCUCUCGCUCGUUCCCCUCCUUCAGAGCCCUGCGGCCGUUCAUCCUGCUGCUUUGGAGCGACCAGGCCAGCGUGCCGCUCUUCAUCGGCAGAGUGACUGACCCAUCAGUGAAAGAGUGAGUGUGUGUUUGUGUGCGUUUAGAGGACAGAAGACAUGCAUGGUUAAUACUUGGACCAGUUUCCAGAUAACAUGCAAGUUCAGAAUCAAUCCUUCAAAUGUGUUAUGGCUUUGACUAAAACAUGCACUCAAUAAAUAAACACAAAUUCAGACAACAUACAUGGCGC